AUGGGAUUGGAUAUUGAACAUGACAUUACUUUGAUCAAAAACGGUAGGAGGAAUCAAAACCUAACGUUAUUCGAUGAAACAACACACGCCUUGCCUUCAACGUUAAACCGCAUUGAACUAACAUGGAUAACACACAAGCACGACGUGAAAUAUGACUUGCGUCUAACAUCAGGAAAUCAGCAGAUACUAAAAGCCAAAGUUGAAAAUGUACCAAUGAAAGGCAUAGUUUCUCGAGAUUUGAAGACCUUUGAAGUUAUUUUUAAAUGUUCUGCCACCGGAGAGGUCAAGGUUUACUUCUCUUUGAACUAUACACAUUUUGUAGAUACUUCGCAAGAAUCUUUUAAACUAUUUCAUCUCGUAAUGCCUAAAAUUUGUCAUGUAAACACCAACUCGACAAGCAGUGCAAAAUCCGUCAAUCGAAUCACGAUUUUAACUGUUAGCACUGGUUUGGCCUUGCUUAUUAGUGGCCUUAUUGCAUCCGCGUGUGUCUACCUGUUGUUGAAGCGGUCUAGAAAUGAUUUUAGUCGGAUUGAAGAGCCUAGGGAACACAUUUCUCCUCCCAUAGAAAGCUCUCCAUCGUCUAGUGUUUCGAUACAAACUUCAUCAAAAACUCCAACUGUUGUGUACUCGCCUAAGAAGACGUCAUCAGGUCAACUUUUUACUACACUUACCAAACAGGAGAGCCUGCGUAGGAUAACUACACCUAAACCAGCCUGUUGCUCACCUAAUGAUCGCAAAGUUUCAAAUGCUUCAGAGAAAACUGCCUUGUUGCGGCAGGAACAUCAUGACUCAUCAAAACCUAUCAAAGAAGAAAGUGAUAAGUUACUGGCGUUAGAAACACUGAAUGAGUACUGGUCAGAGGAACUUGGCGAUUCUAUCAAGUCAUCCGACGUUGUUGAGAUUCGCAGUGAAGUUCUUGGAGAAGGCACGUUUGGUCGUGUCGUGCGUGGAAAGUUGAUUGUUUCCUGUGAGCCGUCGGAAAAUAAUGUUGAUUUAGCUGUGAAAAUAUGCAAGAACGAGAUUGAGUUUGAUCGUAUGGUUUCAUUUGUGAACGAGGCGAUAAGAAUGAAGUGUUUACGGCAUAAAAAUAUCCUCGACUUAAUAGGUGUCGUCCUUAAACCCAGUUCAUCACCAUUAGUUCUUACACCAUACAUGCAACAUGGUAGCUUACAUCAAUUUUUGCGACAUUCUCGAGGUAUAGGUGUUAGACGUCAGUUGAUUUCUUCUAGACAAUUGAUCAAUUUUAGUUGCCAAAUAGCCAAGGGUAUGGAGUAUCUUGCUAGUCAAAAAAUUGUUCAUCGCGAUUUGACUGCACGCAAUUGUUUGGUCGACAAAGACCUCAACAUAAAAAUUGGAUCGCUUAGUCUAGCCAGAGAGGUGAAUCACUUUGUUAUGUUCAAAAUGGAACAUUGGACAGAGUUGACAGUGAAAUGGAUGGCAUUAGAAAGCUUAUUGUAUUAUAUCUUUAAUGAGAAAAGUGAUGUAUGGUCAUUUGGUAUUGUUUUAUGGGAACUAGUAACACUUGGAGCUCAACCAUAUGCUGGUUUGGACAAUAACGAAGUGCUGCCAUAUCUUGAAAACGGAACACGUUUACCAAGGCCCUUACGUUGCCCAGAUGACCUAUACACUAUCAUGCAAUCUUGUUGGUAUUCCUUACCAGAAGAACGACCUUCUUUUAGUGUUCUCGUGCAUAAACUUGAUGGCUACGAACUUCGUUUGCGCCCGUCAUGUAUUACAUUUGAGUUUGAUGAAGAUACCAUUGAAAUGUGUGACGGACUGGUUUAACUACAAUGAUGGUUAACAUAGUUGAGAAAGAGAAAUAUUUAUGCCAUGUUGAAGACUACAACCACCAUAAUAUAUAUGAUGUUCAUACUUCCAUUGAUAGGCCUUUGAGACACUAUAUAUUUUAUUAAUUGCUUAGGAUUUUGUGUAAGGAUGAAUUGCAUAUUAUUAUAUGCACGCCUUCUUAUAAAUAUUUGUUUGAAAUAAUGUGUGUAUAGAUUUGAUGUAUAAAUCACUCGUGAACAUCAUACAGAGUAUUAAAGUGAGAGCAAACUCACAAUUGUGAAACUGAAAAAGAUGAUUUGUAUAUAUUGUAAAUAUUGUAUAUUAUUAUUUUCUGGCAAUGUUCAUCGAAAACAUCUCUUGAGUGUAAAUACAAUAGUUUAUUUUUUACGCAAAUCUAAGCAAACUAGAGUUUUUAGUUAAUACCAAUAUUAUUUUUAAAGAUUGAA